UUGUGGGUCAGGUUGGACAACAUCCAGUGAAAAUGUCGCAGUAUUCUGGAAAGAUCGUGUUUUACGAGGGCAAAUGCUUCACCGGGAGGAAGCUGGAGGUGUUCGGCGACUGCGAUAACUUCCAGGACCGUGGCUUCAUGAACCGCGUCAACUCCAUCCGUGUGGAGAGCGGCGCUUGGAUCUGCUACGACCACCCUGACUUCAAGGGCCAGCAGUACAUUCUGGAGCGCGGCGAGUACCCUGAGUUCCAGCGUUGGAACUCCCACAACGAUCACAUGGGCUCCUGCAAGCCAAUCAGGAUGCAUGGUGAGCACUACAGAAUUGAGCUGUUUGAGGGCUGCAACUACUCCGGCCAGUGUGUGGAGCUGUGCGACGACUGCCCCUUCCUGCAGAGCCGUGGCUUCACCAAGACCUGCAUCAACUCCAUCAGAGUCUACGGUGACGGAGCCUGGGUGAUGUACGAAGAGCCCAACUUCCGUGGCCGCAUGUACAUUGUGGAGAGAGGCAACUACUGCAGCCACAACGAGUGGCAGGCCCAGAACCCCAACAUCCAGUCCAUCCGCAGGGUUGUCAACUAUUUCUAAGCCCCCCACAUCAUCCUCAGCUAGCGCCCCGACGACGAGGACUACAACGCCCCCGCCAUCCCUGAACCCCUCCACCAUCACCACCACAGACUGUGUCUUUGCCCCAUUGCUUUUUCUCUUCCUCAAAGAAAUGUAAAAUAAAACCAUACUAAAAACCA